CAACAACAACAACAACAAUGGCUGAGGGUGAAGUCGGUAUUUUGCGAAGAGUUCGGGCAGGGUCGAGGGCUGAGGACUUUUUCUCAUGGGAAGAACAAGCGUUCGAUGAGAUGGACAGUACUUUAGCUGUCCAACAGUUCAUUCAGCAGACCAUCAGGAAGGAUAUCAGUAACAUCGAUGGCAUCCUCCACCCUCCAGAGGGCCAAGACGAAGGCGUAUGGAAGUAUGAACAUCUCAGACAAUUCUGUCUGGAGCUUAAUGGCCUAGCUGUCAAGUUACAGCAUGAAUGUAACCCUGAUACCUGUUCACAGAUGACUGCUACAGAGCAGUGGAUCUUCCUAUGUGCUGCUCACAAGACACCCAAAGAGUGUCCAGCAAUAGACUACACAAGACACACCCUAGAUGGCGCUGCAUGUCUCCUCAAUAGCAACAAGUACUUCCCGAGCCGCGUGAGCAUUAAGGAGUCGUCUGUAGCCAAGCUGGGUUCUGUAUGCCGUCGUAUCUAUAGGAUAUUCUCACAUGCCUACUUCCACCAUCGCACAUUGUUUGAUGACUAUGAGAAUGAGACAUUUCUAUGCCGACGAUUCACAACGUUUGUGACGAAAUACAACCUGAUGCCGAAGGACAAUCUCAUUGUACCAAUAUUAGAAGACUCCCAGGGAAGCACAGAAAGUGAAGCGUAGUACACACAAAUCAUAUUAUUCAGUGGCAGAAACUUGCAUAAUCAUCUGUUAUGGGGGAGGGGGGGGGGGGGGGGUCUAUUCGUCAUUCCCCACUAACUUGUGUUUACAAAUACUUGAAACAUAAUACACAAAAACAAUUUCAUUCAUAAUGUGUAAUUAUCUUUUCAGAGGGGGGGGGGGGGGG